AUGCUGUUCAAACACGGCGCCGUCCUGAACUGCAAGGACACCAUUGGCGAGACGCCCCUUUUCUCUGCCGUGAGACGAAGCGUUGGCCCCAUCUUCAAUCAUUUGUUGGAACUCGGCGCAGACGUCUCCGCCACGGACACGCGAGGCCAGACGGCGCUCUUCGCGCUGUCGACCACGGGCUACAGUUUAUAUCUGGCCGACAAGGGGCCAAGACUGCUCCAGAAGGGACUGGAUCCCAUGCACAGAGAUAACCUGGGCCAGACCUUUUUGCACGUGGCGUGUCAAUCUGCCGAGGUGUGCCGUCUCUACCUCGACUUCGUACGCGAAGCCGUCAAGUUUGGCUUGGAUGUCGACGCGCUCGACGGUUCGGGCAGAACGCCGCUAAUGAACGCAGCGAGGUCCGGCAACCAAGACUUUGUCUUGUUUUUGCUUACACUAGGAGUCGAUGCGAACAAGGUUGACCGGGACGGCCGUACGCCGCUGACCGAGGCUAUCCGGAGCUGUAACGGGCGGAGCGAUGGACACGAUACAGUAGUUCACCGCUUCCUGGAGUAUGGGGUGAAGCCUCAUGCAUCAUCUGAGGCCGAGCACAAUCCCCUUUUUCUGGCUGUGGAAAUCGCGCCGCACUAUGUUGUAGAGCAGCUUCUGGGCCACAUCGAUAUCGGGAUC